GAACUAAAAUAAUUUUUGCCUGCGUGCAAUCGUCGCUCACGUUUUUUUUAUAUUUUAAAAAUUCAAGUAAAUGCCUUCCCAUUUUUGCUAUUGUUCAGCAGAUUCUAGCUAAUUACAACCUACGGACGGUCGAGCACCUGGCGAACACAAUGGAUGAAGAAGAUGACCCGGUAAUCGAAGAGAUUCCUGUUUAUCUGUCGAAAGCCUUGGCAGAUAAUCUGUACGUAUUGCAGUAUCCGGUAAAAUCAUCCGCAUCCACGUUCGACGAUGGCCAAGUAGUGAACUGCUGCGUGAAACCGAUCAACCAACAGGUAAAGGUGGAUUACGCUUUGAAUACGGCUUCCAAAAAUUACGACUCCUUCAAAGGGGAGCAGUUUGCCAUUGCUGCCGAUGGCAAGGAGAAGGAUCGUCAACAAAAGCCCACCUUCCGUAGCGGGACUAUGGAUAAGCAGUCCUUCCUGAGCUCGAAACCGAUCGAAGAUGUCAAUCGGUACAUGGUAUGCGUGCUCCAGGACCGGGAGAUUCACGCAACUCCGGUCCAGGGAAUCGUUUCUAUGCGACAGGUAUUUUCCUACUUCGAUAAGCAGGACAAGCGUACCAAGGCGGAGCAAAAAGCCGAACAGGACGCCGAUGCCGACGAGGAGGAACUGAAACAGGUCACGGUCAAGUUUGCGCGGACUGAAAAUGAAAAGGUUCGGAAAGCGAGGGAAAAGUCGUUUAACUACAUCUCCAAAAUGGAAUCGGAAGAGCCGUGGUGUGAAUCGUUUUGGCACUCCAAGAAUUCCACCACGGCCGAGCUGGAAAGGCAAAAAUUGUUCUGCAGUACCACUUCCAGGGUCGGGACGGAUAGUGCCCUCAACGUGGGCACGUCGGAGUAUUUGGAUAUGUUGAUUAGUAAGGAGAAAACUGAUAGAAAUAUUGAUUCAAUGCUGCCAAGUCGGGUCAUCUGUAUGCACAAGCUGAAGAAGAUGAUACUCGUCGAUCAGAUUAAGGUUAUUCUUAAGGACGCAAAGGUUCUCACGUUCCAACAGAUAAUGGAACUCCUUCCCGAUCGGACCCUUCCGGCGGAUAAAGUUCUUAGGACGCUCCCAUUGGCAGGUGUUCUCAUCCGAGGCAACUGGGUAGUCCAAUCGGAGAUCAUCUAUCCGGAGGGAAGCGUUUCCAGCACCAACGGGGUACCGGCCGAGCAGAUGUGCAAAGCACGAGACUAUAUUCUUUUCCGGUUCACCCAGUGUGACAAGCUGGAACGUCAUCAGCUAGCAAUCAUUACCCAGCUGCCGUCGGAGGAGAUCCGCGAGAUACUCAGCUCGGUAGCAAAGUUAAACAGUGAUCGAACGUGGAGUUUGAUGUUGCCACCAAACGAAGAUUUCUCCGCCAACGAGCAAGAAAUCAGUGAUAGACAGAACGCUUUCUGGACCGCCCGGGCCGAUAAGUUUAACGAAAUGGAGAAAUCCACCAAACGGGUGCGGAAAAAGUCCUCCCGGUCCGAAAGCAAGUACGACGUCAAGAUGAGCAAUGGGUAGAAAAGCGUCCCGAGCAGAUCUAGUGCUUGUUAUGAACCAAUCUACACGCUACGUUACGCAAGACUAUUUAUAAUUACCGAAAACAAAAAUAUAUUUAAGGAAUUCUGAA